AUGCAGAUUUUUGUGGAAACCCUUGCAGAAAAGACCCUCAUUCUCAAGGUCGAGCCCUCAGGUACAAUGGAAAAUGUAAUGGCCAAGGUCCAGGAUAAGAAAGGAGUUUCUCCUGGUCAUCAAAGACUGAUCUUUGCUGCCAAGCUACUGGAAGUUGGAUGUACUUUGUCUCACUGCAGCAUUCGAAAGGCGUCCCCUCAUCUUGUGUUGAGACUUCGAGGUGGUGCUAAAAAAAGGCAGAGGUCUUACGGCACGACCAAGAAGAAUAUGCAUAAGAGAACGAAGGUUAAGUUGGAUGUCCUGAAAUACUACAAAGUGGGUGAGAAGGACAAAAUUGUUUGCCUUCAUUGGGAGAACCAUUCAGGUGAAUGUGGUGCUGGAGGGUUUAUGGCCACUUUGAAAGACAUUGCUGGGGCAAAACUAAGGCAAACUUGUCAAGGAGGCAGAUGUCAUAGAGAGGCAACCUUUGAUGAAAUGUUGGCAUGGAACAUUGAGCCUUGUGUUAAUUUUACGCCAAUAAUGAAUAGUAGGAGAAACACAAAAAUCUAUAGGCAAAUAAAAUAA